GAAAGGAAUGGCUGUUUCCGGUUUUAUAAGUUGUCGGCUUUUCAAUGGAGGUCUUCAUUGUGCUGUCAACAGUUUUCUAACACACCGAGUUCUUUGUAUCAAAAAUAACAGCGAAAUUUAAUUGUUCAUCUCUCUAAUAGUUGAGAGAUAUUUCUGUUACUUGGAUUUUCCCAAUAUUAGUGUUAAAAUGCCCUCAGCGGCUAGUGUCAAGAUUGACAAGCAAAUUAACCCGGAAAAUGCAUUAGCAGAUUCUUCGCAAAAUUUAACCCCUCUUAGACAAGCUAUAACAAUUAUCGAACACAAAAUUAGGAAUUUGGAGAAGAGAAAGUCAAAAUUAGAAUCAUAUAAAGAUUUACAAAAUGCCGGAAAAGAACUGAACGCCGAUCAAAAGACUGCAGUUGCAAAAUUCAACGAGGUGAUAAGCACAUUAGACUUUGCGAGAGAUUUGUGUAAACAGUUCCUAGGUAUAGCGGUGGCAUCGGAAAAAGAAGCAAAAAAAGUUGCUAAAAAAGAAGCCGCCGCCAAAUACCAAGCAGAAUUAGCGAGGUUGCGGGAAAUUUUGUUGGUCCAAGAUGCUCUCAACCAAAUGGGCAACGAAACGGUUAGAGACGAUUUCUUGAACGGCAGAAACGGCGCUGCUCAAUUAACAGAAACAGAUCUAAAGUUGUUGGAUGAUCUUUAUCCAGCCGUGACGCCUAAACAUGAAGCUGGAAAUCCUACUGCUUUUAUGAACGAAGUACAAGCUGCUGCUGAACAUCUUUUGGCAGCGGUUGAUGGUAAACCUAAAGAAGUAUUUGGUGGUACUUAUAGUCAAAUUAAAGAAACUUUGGGAAAAAUACACGAAAGCGGCUAUUUUGAUCAAGCACAGGUAUAUGAGGAAUAUGUAGAAACCGAGGUGGUUACUGAACCCGAACCCGUAGAAAGUACCAACGAAACUGUGGAGAUUGUACCACCACCUCAACCUCAGGAUAUCCCAAUCGCUAACGUUACACCCAUUGCAGUACCAUUAAUAGAAAGUUUGACGAUAGAAAAUAGAUCAACUGUUCAUCAGCAGAUAACGGUUGAACAACCACCACCGAUAGAACAAGGAUUAACCGCCGAACCGACUAUGUUUUACCAACAAUUACCUCAACAACCGCAACUACAGCCUCCACCAAGACCUAUCAGCGAAAUGUUAGGAACCGGUAGUUUCUACUUCUUACAGGAAUCCGAGAUAGAUCCCCCUGAGCAAAUACCCAGCCAGACAUUCACGAAUCAGAAUUUCAAUAAUCACCCACCGCAUCCGGUCGCCGUACCGCCUCAUUUUGCGACUUUACCCAACAAUUUGACUCCGACCAAUCAUCAAGUUCCUCCACAAAUUCAAAUGAGCAACAACGGUAUUGACGAUACGUUGAGAACAACCGAAGAACCUCUUCAAAUUGGUAAAGACGGAGGCGCGGCACCGCCUAACAGAGGACCGCCUAGGCCUACCAAUAACCAGUCGUUUUACCAAAAUAACGGUUACAAUAGACCGCGACAGCAGAAUCAGAAUAGGAACGCCAGACCGGCGGCCAAUAGGCACGCGUAAUGGUGAUUACCAAAAAGUAUGAUAUGAUAUUAUGUUAUCAUUUUUUUUUCUUCUUCUUUCAACUCGAUAAGUCAAAGUAUGGACGUUUUUCGUUUACGUUGAUUUGAAAAAAAAUCGCGUCUUGUGUUUUUCAGGAAAAUGUUAUUUUGCUAUUUCGAAUAUUAAUGUAAAAUAAUUGAAAAUAAAUAUAAGAUUAUAAUAAUAACGUUUUUUGUUCGAUUUGGUCGAUUGACGCAUUUUUUUUUUUUGUAAAUUAUAUCAUUCAAAAUUAAUGUGAGAUUUUUUAUUUUGUGUUUUUCGGAAUUCAAUUUUGCUAAAAUAACGAAAGAAACGAAAUUAGAAACUUUUUAAUUACAACUACUGUCGGGUAUUUGUUGAUUUCAAGAUGCGCAUGUAUCAGAUUUAUUUAAUUUAUUUGUAUAAGCAAAAUUUGACUGCAGUAUAAUUUUUAUGUCGACGUUACAUUUUUCAUGUUAUUUAAUAACGUUUUCUUCCAUCUCUUUAGUAGCGCGAACACAAGUAACUGACACUCUUGAAGCCCCAGUGUUACCAAUGUUUAAAUGUGAUUUUCCCUUUUAUCUAACUAAUGAUUUCACUUACACUUCACGUUUUUACGUUAUUUAAAAACGUUUUCCUCGAUCUCUACUAACGCAAUCACAAGAAAUUCUGACACUUUUGAUGCCACAGUGUUACCAAUGUUUAAAUGUGAUUUUCCCUUUUAUCUGACUAAUGAUUUCACUUACACUUUAUAUACCAACGGUUAUAAUGUGAUUUCCUUGGUAAACGUACAAUCAAAAUUGCGAAAAUAAUGCCACGUUGCUAGGUUUAUGGAUAACUUCAAAAUUUGACUGCAUUAUAAUUUACAUUUCGACGUCACGUUUUUACGUUAUUUAAUAACGUUUUCCUCCAUCUCUAUUAACGCAAACACAAGAAAUUCUGACACUUUUGAUGCCACAGUGUUACCAAUGUUUAAAUGUGAUUUUUCCCUUUAUCUGAUUAAUGAUUCCACUUACACUUUAUAUACCAACGGUUAUAAUGUGAUUUCCUUGAUAAACGUACAAUCAGAAUUGCGAAAAGUUUCAUUCUUUUAGUAAGAAAUUGAAUAUUCAACUUGUAGCUUAUGUGAAAUAAUGGCACGUUGCUAAGUUUAUAGAUAACUUCAAAAUUUGACUGCAUUAUAAUUUACAUUUCGACGUCACGUUUUUACGUUAUUUAAUAACGUUUUCCUCCAUCUCUAUUAACGCAAACACAAGAAAUUCUGACACUUUUGAUGCCACAGUGUUACCAAUGUUUAAAUGUGAUUUUCCCUUUUAUCUGAUUAAUGAUUUGACUUACACUUUAAAUGCCAACGUUUAGAAUGUGAUUUUGUCCAUACACGUGUAAUACUUUCAAUUACAUUCCCAUAUUGGGAUGUGAAUAUUUAACUUCUAGUUUAUGUGAACACUGGUACACUGUUGCCAAUGUUUGAAAUGUGAUUUUCUGUAAUAUUUUAGUUAGAUCAAUUAUUCUCUUGAUUAUAAUAGAAAAUGAAUGCAACGUCGACUGCAGUUUUUGUCAUUUUACGUUCCGGAAGUAAAAGUUACUAUAUAGAAAUCAAAAACAAACUGUGUUGGUAUUUGAAUUUCGUUUAUUUUUUUCUUGAUACAUUUUCAGUAUAAUUUUAUUGGAUUAGUAUAAUUUUGAUUAAAAAUAAAAAAUAAUCAAUACUUGAA